AUGGCCCGUAAUAAGCAAGCAACUCCUGUCGCGCACCUCCAAACCGCCCGGAAGUCGGUCACCAACCGAGCUUCUUUCCUCCGCGGCGGUGGUCCACAGAACGCCGUCGCUGAGCCCAAGAAGACCAAAAGCAGGAAGACCAAGAAGGCGAAGGACUCUCAGUCGCAGGAUCUACAGUUCUUCAGCAAAAAUGGAAAAAGUAAGCUCACAUGGUUAAUAUUAUUUUUUUCAAACUCUAGAGAAUUUUGAUGGUUGAUUGGUAAAUUGCGGCUGUUUUUGGCUUCUCCAUGCCAUUUUGCGUAAUUGGCGUUAUUUUUCAUCGUCUAUGGGCCAAAUUCGCAAAUUUACAUUAUUUUAGGUAUAAAAACGAAAAUUUUUGACGUUUUUUGAUUGUUUUGUCCUCCAACGCGUGAAAUGUGACUGUAAAUUACUGUUUACUGCUAUUUCACUCACUUUGAUAUUUAUCUUUCCAUUCAUCAAUCUUUCUGAAAUUUACCUUAUGUUAGGCUAAAAAUAUUGAUUUUUUGACGUUUCUCCGCAAAUGCUGAUGUCGCCGUUUCAGGAAUUCGAGUUUUUGAAGAGAUCCGCCGUUGCCAGCGUCAGACGAUCUCUUUCAUCCCGAGGGCAGCUUUUUUCCGGUUGGUGAAAUCAAUUGCCACGGAGUUUUCGGCCGACCUGAAAUAUAAAGUCGAAGCCAUCAUGUGUUUGCAGGUAUUUUGAUUUUUUAUGCUGUUUUCUGUCAUUUAGGAGCCAUUUGCCAGCUUUAUUCUCACUUGCGCCGCUAUUUUGCACCAAUUUUGUAUUACUUUAGGAGGCAGCCGAGGCCUAUCUAACCCAAGUCUUCGAGGACACCAAUUUGCUCGCCAUGCACGCUGGACGCGUUACGAUCAUGGCCAGGGACAUGAAGCUGGCCAUGAGGAUCCGCGGCAACAAGAAUUAUUAA